CGAUUGAAAACUAUUUACCUUUUGCUGCUGCACAUAAUUGCUCGUUAGUUAACACAAUUAGACACAAGAGGACAAAAGACUUCAUUUUCACAGUUUGUUGUGUACCAUUAUCUGCGUGAGAAACCCAUCAAGCCCAGAUGGUUUCGUUUUCAUAAUUCGAUCUAGUCAGGUGUGCCUCCGUCUGUGAAAGGCCACUGGCACCAACAAUAAGGUGAAGAACUGGGUGACCCAGUAACCUCCAUCACGGCCAAGGACCGAAGACCAUCGAAGAUCCUCGUGUCUAGCAUACUAAAGCCCGGUUACCGUUUCUCAGCUAAGCCACUGUUGGCACUGACCAACUCAAACCGUUGCAACAUGCAUUGCGUUGUAUCACGAUUCGUCGUACUUCUUGUUAUAUUCACGUAUGUGUCUUCCACCAACAUCUUGGAUUUAUGGCAAUGGGACUACGGAGGUGGGAUAGAAAAAAGGGAUGACAGUUCUGAUUCAUCGGCUCCAAGAACUUGUAAGUGUGACGGACCGUCUUGCAUGUGCUGCGUCGAUUUCAAUCUCACCUACAUCGAUCUGGGCGGACCAGGUUGUGUUCGAAUGAAAUACAUUUCGCAGGAUGAGGGUAUAGCUGUCAACGUAUCCUAUGGGGAAAGUCUUCUACACAGCGAACAAGUGAAAAGGCCUAAUCCUCCACCAACUUGUAUGGCCCUGCUAGCUAAUUUAGCGCAAGUAUGUGCUCGCUUUUCUGACUUACAACCCCACAAUGAUGGACUGCGAGGUUGUUUACUAUUAGAGCCUAAAUUGUUGGGAGAUGUAACAACAAGUUUUAAUAUUGGGUGUUUUACGAUGGGACCCGAAGGCAUGAAAGUGGAAGAAAACGCCAAUUCCACCUUCACGUCACUGCUACAGAAUGAAAGCGGAAACACCACGGAAACCCAGAGCGAAUCGGAAGGACUAAAUGAAGAGGAACUAAUAGCCGCUGUAAAUGAGUCGGCAGAACAAGGUCUUGUUUUCUUCGGGAAUCUACUAGGUCUAACUUUCGGGAAACCCCAAACCAAUGAGACUAAUGCUGAAAGCGUCACUUCUGUUACAAAUACAAGCAAUGAAACUUCAGCAACAUAAACAGCAUUGUUGAUAUUCAUCGAUAAACAAAUUACCGAUUGUAUCUUCCAUUAUUUAUUGUAGCGUUCAAGCUAUCCUCUUACUAUGUAGCUAUUUAUUUAAUUAUAAACGUUUUCCAUUUACGUA